GCCAGUCAACUAUCAAUAAACACAAUUCGAAAGUCGAAGAAGCUGGAAGCUCAACAAGCUUAUAAAACAACUAGCAGACAAAUAUUAAAACUUAAACAAACAAAAUGAACUUCUACAAGAUCUUCGUACUCCUGGCUGUCUUCGUUGCUGUCUUCGCAGGACAAACCGAGGCGGGAUGGUUGAAAAAGAUUGGCAAGAAAAUUGAGCGCGUCGGUCAACAUACACGAGAUGCCACUAUCCAAACCAUCGCCGUGGCGCAACAAGCAGCAAAUGUUGCGGCAACAUUGAAGGGAUAAACUGAAUAUGUUGAAUGAGUGUAGAAACAUUUAUGUACCUAAAUUAUGAUUAAUAUUUAUUUAUUUUUAAAAUAUUUGACAAAUGUAUGGAGAUUAAAAUAAAAGUAUUUAAAUAAAAUUAAAUU